UGAGAGUCCAACUGCAUGUAAAACAGUGCUUAUUCACCACAACAAAAGCUUCUGGAGCAAAAUAUUAUAAUGGGUGAAAAAUUUGACAGAACACCGGCUGUGAAUGCGUGUGUGUGAGGAGGUGGUAAGUCGUCAGCCAAUCAAACCUGCGUUUGAGGGGGAAAAAAUGGACUGGCCCAUUUCGUAAGUGAAAAAUGGGUCAAUAUAAGUCUGAUCAUAUUGAAAGUACUGUAAUUCACUUAAUAAUGGGAGGGUUAAUUCUAUCCUCACAACAUGGGAAGACAAAUCUAAAAUACCUAUAUAAUUGAAGUCAAUAUAUAAUGCAAAUAAGGUUGCUUAAAAGUUGGUGGGGACAAUUUGAGAAUCCUUAAAGUUGGUAGUGUUUUGUCCCUACCGUCCCUAUGCAAACCUACGCCCCUGACUACAGCCAUUGAGGACCGGUUUGCCCACCCUUGACAUACGCCAUUGCAAUGAUACUAAAUUGAUGGAAAACUGACUAAUGUAAUUUGACUAAGAAUGAUUUGAAAAAAGAAGGCGUUGUGAUUUGUUACAAGCAGCCGGGAAAUGAAAUGAGCAGCGCGGUGUUGGGCAACGCUAGCGUGGCGGAAUACAGAGACUCCUUCAGCAAAGCGUUGAUCAAGAAUGUGCUGGUGGUGGCCAUCGGCCUGUCUGUCAACUACAUCAACAUCUGCCUCAUGUACACCUUCUGCAAGCACCAGAUCUUCUACUGGAACCCUCGCUAUAUCCUGUUCUUCCACCUGGUUGUGAAUGACAUGAUCCAGAUGAGCGUGAGCAUCAUCCUCUUCGUGGUCAGCUACACCUUGUACCGCAUCAGCGUGAGCGUUUGCGCCGCCUUCAUCCUGAUCGCCGUCAUCACCUCGGAGAACACGCCCCUUAACCUGGCCUGCAUGGCGGCCGAGUGCUACGUGGCCGUCUGCCUGCCGCUCCAACACGCCCGCGUCUGCACCGUCAGGAGGACCCUACUCUUCAUCGCCGGCAUCUGGACCGGCAGCUUCAUCUCCACCUUCCCGGACCUCUUUGUCACGCUGGCCACCGAGCCUGCCGAGUUCUUCUCCGGCAAGAUCUUCUGCCUUCGAGAAACCGCCUUCCCCAGCCCGGAGUUGGCACGGAAGCGUGACUUCAUCUACAUCGUCUACCUGGUCCUGAUCCUGUCGGUCAUCUUCUUCUUGUACUUCAAGAUCCUGUUCACGGCGCGGAUGGCCAGCAAGGAUGCCAAGAAGGCCAGGAACACCAUCGUCCUGCACGGCGUCCAGGUCCUGCUGUGCAUGACCAUGUACGGCGAGGCUCUGGUCAAAAUGCCUCUUCUCCGAUGGUUCCCCAAGAACAACUCGGACACGCUCUUCGCCUGCUACAUCGUCAUGCGUAUUCUUCCUCGCGCAAUCAGCCCCGUCAUUUACGGCGUGAGGGACAAGUGCUUCCGCAAGUAUCUCAAGCACUACUUGGUCUGCAAAAACGGCCCCAACUCGAGAAGCAAGAGACCUUUUCGCCGGAAUGUCGUAUGUGCUGUGGGGUCUGCUUUUUCUGAUGCCAGAACAUAAAAAAAAAAAAACGUCUUUUGAGAGAGCAAAAAACGGUCUAUAGUACUCUAUUGUGAGUUUUAGUCAGUAGAUUUAAGACAUUUAGA